CCGCAGCGUUAGGUUUGAAUCAAUGGAAGGCUUUGUUGUCGUAGCGCCGCUAAUUGUUUCAUUUAUUAUUAAGCAAUAAUGUCUUCAGUUGAGUGUUUGAGAGAGUUUGUCAACGAGCGACUAACUGCUGCUGCUGAAGAAAUAUUCCGAGUUUUAAAAAAAACUAUCGUCGAGUACGAGGAAGAGAUCGAUCGUCAGCGCAGACUGCUGGAUAUCGUUUGGAAACCCGAAGUAAAGUUACACAGGAUAGAGCUCCCACAGCAACAUGUCUGGAAGGAGGAGGAGGUUCUGGCUGACCAGCAGCUCUGUAUUCAGGAGAGGAACUCCAGUCUGGACCAAGAGGACCCAGAGCCUCCACAGAUUAAAGAGGAACAGGAGGAACUCUGUACCAGUCAGGAGGGAGAGCAGCUUGUACUGAAGCAGGAGACUGAUACCUUUAUGUUGACUCCUACUUAUGAGGAAAGAGACCACAGUGAAGCAGAACUGAAAAGUGACCACCAGCUCCUCUCUCACAGCUGUCAUGUAGCUGAGAGCCAAGAUCAGAAAGGAGGCGAGCAUGAAGACUCAGGAUCAACUAGAGAUGCAGAGCCAGAACAAAAGAAUCAAGAUCACAAAAGCAGAAGCCACAGAAACAAUGUAAACAAGUCUACCAUGUCAGAGGUUCACCAUAAUCCUCACACAGGUAAAAACUCUUUCAAAUGUGACACAUGUGGUAAAUACUUUCAGAAUAAGUCCAAAAUGCAGAUACAUCUGAGAAGUCAUAUGGCUGAGAAGCCAUAUUCUUGCAGCAGCUGUGGGAAAAGAUUCAUCCAUAAAUCACAUUUGAAUGUUCAUAUAAGAAUCCAUACAAUUAAAAAGCCAUAUUCUUGCAAAACAUGUGGGAAAGACUUCAGCUCCAACAGUGGCUUGAAAUACCACAUUAGAACCCACACCGGUGAGAAGCCAUUCCCUUGCAAGACCUGCGGGAAAAGAUUUGUUUCUACAUCAAAAUUGAAUGUUCAUACAAGAACCCACACAGGUGAGAAGCCAUUUUCCUGCAAAACAUGCGGGAAAUCUUUUUGCCAGAGUGGUCAGUUGAAAGUCCACGAGAGAACACACACAGGUGAGAAACCGUACCUUUGCAAGACCUGCGGGAAAAGAUUCAGCCGCCUUUCAGUAUUAAAGAAACACGGAUUGAUCCACACAGGAGAGAAGCCAUUUUCUUGCAAAAUAUGUCAGAAAAAUUUCAGAGUAAGUGAUAACUUGAAACUCCACAUAAGAACUGUCCACACAGGUGAGAAGCCAUUUUCUUGCAACACAUGUGGAAAAUCUUUUUGCACGAGUAGUCAGUUGAAAGUCCACGAGAGGACACACACAGGUGAGAAGUCGUACCUUUGCAAGACCUGUGGCAAAAGAUUCAGCCACCCUUCAAUAUUAAAGACACAUGGAUUUAUCCACACAGGUGAGAAGCCAUUUUCUUGCAACACAUGUGGAAAAUCUUUUUGCCAGAGUGGUCAGUUAAAAGUCCACAUGAGAAUCCACACAGGUGAGAAGCCGUACAUUUGCAAGACCUGCGGAAAAAGUUUCAUUGCUGCAUCAAAUUUGAUUGAACAUGAACGAACCCACACAGGUGAGAAGCCACAUUCUUGUAAAACAUGUGGGAAAUCUUUUAGCCAUAAUUGUAGCUUGGUAUACCACAUGAAAACCCACAUGCGUGAGAAACCGUAUCUUUGCACAAUAUGCGGGGAAAGAUAUCCUUUUGCAUCUCAUUUGAAACAGCACAGAAGAUCACAUAAAGACAUUUGCUAAAUAUGUGGGAGAUGAUUCAGUUCUA